AUGGAUGCGCCCGUAAUGAGGACCCGCCUGUCUUCGGCCUCGGCAGACUUCGACCUCGAAACUGCAGCUGGGAAGUCGUACUCCCAUGAAGAACCCAAAGACAGGACACCGUUUGAUUAUCUUAAAAAGGCUAGCCGCCUCUGGCUUGCUCUCGCAGCGGUGGUGCUUCUCGUGUUCUUUUGCUUCUCUUCUUCCAUCUUCAGCCGAUCGCCUAGCAGCGCCCAGCAGUACAACCUUGACCAAACGGCUUCCUUUGAUAUUUCUGGAGCUGAUCCAGCGCUGGUGGGCCAGCGGACGGCUUAUCUGGGGCGUGUGCACUCGCCACCACCAGCAGCCCUUCAGCACCCCAACAACACCCGACACCUCCCUCAUCACCACGCAGCACAUGCAGCACCACCACCCCAGGACAGCGGCAAUGUGACCGAAGGAGAGGAGAAUGGGGAAGAAGAGCACUGGAGUGGGGAGGAGACAGAGGAGGGUGACCACGACUUGCCAGAAGAGGAAGAAGAAGAGUCGCACGUAGACAGUGAAUAUCUGGCAACAGCUCAUUCCGAAUACCUUCACAGUGAAUAUCUCGAUGAAGGCAAGCAACAUCCAGACGAACCCGAGUACAUCGACAUAUGGGAUGGAGUGUCUCACGAAGACCUGCACCUGUCGGAUGGUGUGCCUGGGUUGAAGACGCCUCUCUACCGCCUCCCCUUUGUUGAUGGGCAGCACAACGACACUCAUAUCAUCGGUGUACAUACAAAACAGGUUUUUCUACCCCGCUUUCUAAGUGUUAGCGGCGGCAAGCGUCUCCCAGCGAUCUCCGGCACAUACAAGAUGUACAUGAUCAAAGACGGGAGGCCCAAGCCACACCUCAACCACGGCAGACUCAUUUGGCAGAAGGAAGGACAGGACUCGUCUAUGUUUUUAUACUACGAUCACAUGCACCAUACGUGGGUGUUCAACAGCGAGUUGGAGCUGGGCCGCCCGCAGCCUUUGGCCUUUCUCGCACACGGCGCAAUUUUGCCCAUCAGCAAAAAAAGCGACCGGACCUUCAGAAAAUACGGGGCCCCCAAAAGCGUACACUGGAUAGUCAGAGACACACGCAGUGGAAGCUCUCGGCCAGACGGCACCGUCAAAGUUGAAGCCGACCCACGCCGCAGUGGAGACGAAUACCUGCAACCGCUAUUGCUGCAGAAGGUGUAUCAUGCCCCUGAAGAGGGGUCUCUUGAUGGCGAGGGGGAAGCCGACGACUUCGAGCUUUUUGAAGAGGAGCACGAGGAAGAAGACGACGAAGAAGAAGAGCUGCCUCUGGAUGAAAAUGGCGAGCCCAUUGCCCUUCCCCUGGGGGCUCGCAGCUUCCAGCAGUUCAUCACGCAUUUGAAGACAAAUGUCUACCACACAUUUGAUUCUUUACACCCCCGGUAUGACCACAAAGAAAUACUCAAGGACCCCGUUACUUUCGUUGAAGCCAACGCCCAUCCAGACUUAGUGGGACCCGAAAGGCUUGACGGCUACACCCAUGACCCCGUCCCGCACCCUCUAAGGAAGCCAGUUCACGACGAGGAUGAGCACUGA